AUGAAGCACAAGCUUUGCCUCCUGCUCAUAUUAGCAAUCGUUCUGAGUUCAAUUGCUGAUUCUGAUUCGUCCGAUGAUGAUGAUAAGAACAGAGACGAACCUUCUAAGGAUGACCCAAUAGAUGAACAGGAUGAUAAUACAGAUGAAGAAAAAGAAGGGGGAAAUGGGGAUGGUUCGAAUCAAGAUGGUGGAACGGAAGAGGCUCUGGCUACGGAAGCACCAACAUCUGAAGAAAAAAAAGAAGGAAAGAACAAGAAUAAGACCAAGGCAAAAGAUGAAUUGAGUGAUUGGGAUAUCGACAAAAUGUUUGGAGACCAAGCCAAUGAACCCAAGUCAGAAGACAACUCCACCCACCAUACUCAAGCACCAUCACCAUCUGGAUCAGGAGCAGGAUCGGGAUUCUCUGCCGGCACCGGCAACUCAGGAAAUGUAGGCGGAGGAGGCUGGUUGGGGAGUCUUUUUGGAAGCGGUGGAUUGAUUGGUAACCUAGAUGCAACUUCUGCUCCAGUCACUACUCCUCAAUCUACAGAACCAGCCAAAGAAGAGUCGAAGGAUGAAUCGGGGGGCACACAAGGAUCACACGGAACAGUUGGUGGUAAUUCAUUUUAUCCAUUGCCUCGUCAAGUUGAUAUCUGGGAUCGCCUUUUCGUUCUCGCCGCUUUCCCAAUUUGUUUCUUUGCUGUUCUGCUCAAAGCAGAAAUGUUCCGUUGA